AAGCACAACACAACAAACAGCUGUCACUCCAUUAUUGUUGAGGAAAUUUUAAGGAUUAAAAGUUUGCAGGCAUUUUUUUUAACCGUCAACAAUUAAAUUCAUAUGUUGUUUUAAAAAGCGGACAAUGUUACUGUCAAAAUCCACAUUAUGUGCCUUUCGUAGUUUUUUUCAUGUCAGCUGAUGGCUAGUCAAUUUUCUGGGAUCGCCAUUAUCUUAUUUAUUGCAUUCGGUAGUUUGACUUUCAUAUUGUUAUUUAUAUUUGCCAAAAGACAGAUUACUCGAUUUGCUUUAAAAUCAAGUCGUGGUCCUCAUGUUGUGGUUGGAAUUGAUGCACCUAAGCAUUUGCGACUGGAAAUUGAAAGAAAGUUAGAUGCCAUUGAAAAGAUUAGAUGCAAUCCAUGGUUGUUGAAUAAAACAAUGAGGCAACAGUCUGACAAUGAAACUCUUGAGCCUUAUUUAUCGCCACCUCAUCUGUAUCGCAUGCAAGUUGUGGAUGAUCUUAAAGAGUUUGGUAACCUCAUUGGAAUUUUUGAACAAUCCAAAGCGCGAUUUAUGCAUGAAGAUGUUUUGAAUUAUUUUGUUAGACUUCACAAAAUGGAGCUCUUGCCUAACGUAAACGCACAAAAUUUAUAUAAGUGUCUUUCUAUGUAUGAAGAUGCCAGACAUGAGCCAAAAGACUUUGCUUAUUCUGAGUACUGUCAGUUCCAAGAACUGCUGGAUGCCAUUAAAAAUGAUGUUCUGGCUGGUAAAGGAGCAAAAGCACACACAGUUGGCAAAUCAAAAUAUGUUAUGCAAGAUGAUCCAGCUUCAGAUGAUAUUUCUCAGCCCCUUUUAUCCGAUACCUCAUCUGAUCACACCACAUUCAAGGGUGGAGGGCUCUUCACUCAAGAAACCUCUGUCUGAUAGAACAUAUUUUUUUAAUGAAACUUUAUAUUAAGUGUUCUUAAAAUGUUAUUAAAUGGAAACUGUUAAUAAAUCACUUUUA